AUGAAAGACAAUCAGCAGGAAAAUCCAGCAGAGGUAGACAUGUGGAACGUUAUCAUGUCUUUCAAAGACUCCUUCAGAGCACUUUUUAGAAAUGUAAGAAACAAACUGAAUGCCACUGUUGAAGACAUUGAACUAGGAAGUUUAUCAAUAACUGUUAGAUGUAGUUCACUGCAGAUCCUUGAAGGAUUGUGGAAAGAUUAUAUCAGUGGUCACCUUACUCAAGUGGUUCAAGAAACGCUGGUGACACAUGAGGUCUUGCAAAUCCUUGGCCUCGAUGAGUUGAAGCUGAAAGUGUUCAUUUCUGAGGAGGAAUAUGAGAAAGGAAUAUGA